AGUAGCAGAAGAAGAAGAAGGAGGAGAAGAAGAAAAGAAGGGAUGAGAAGAAGCUCCAACACAGUAGGUGGCAGAGUCGAGCUUGGUUUACUAGCCAAACAGGAGGCUAAUGGGGCUCCCCUAGCUGAGAUUCAGCAUAAGAUCACAUUGUCUGGUAUGAAACUUAGAAAUGAAGUGGGAUGGUGUUCCCUCCGUGGCUUUGAUGAGCUGUCAGACAAAAGUUACAGAAGAUAACAGAGGCCAGCUGAGGUUUUGUUAAUCUGUGCAAGACCAGCUAUCGUCAUCAUGUCAGCAGACGCAGAAACAGAUCCUCCACAGCUUGUAAAUCCUCCACCUCCUGAGGUGACCAACCCUAACAAACCAGGCCGAAGGACCAACCAACUGCAGUACAUGCAGAAUGUAGUGGUCAGAUCCCUGUGGCGACACCAGUUCGCCUGGCCUUUUUACCAACCUGUUGAUGCAGUCGGUCUUGGAUUAACACAGAGUGAGGAUAUAGACACUGGAAAGUGGCAUUACACUCCAUCUCAAUCUCAUCUGGAUUACCAUACAAUAAUAACCUCUCCCAUGGACUUGGGAACCAUUAAGAAACGACUGGAGAACAACUACUACUGGAGUGCAAGUGAAUGUAUGCAAGAUUUCAACACAAUGUUCACCAACUGCUACAUCUAUAACAAGCCCACAGAUGACAUAGUGCUGAUGGCCCUGGCCUUGGAAAAGAUUUUCUUGCAAAAAGUUGCCCAGAUGCCACAGAAGGAAGUGGAGGUUUUUCCUAACGCAGGCAAAGGGAAGAGCAAAAAAAGUAGCACUUCAGGGGGGCAGAAUGGAGCUGUGACCGCAGGUGCUUUGGCGACAACGCCCACAUCUCAUUCCAGCCUCAGCAAUACACCCUACAGCUCAUCCUCUGUGCCCAAACAGCCAUCGCAGACCUCCCUAAAAAAGACAGGGCUGAAACGGAAGGAAGGCGCCGCUACUGAUUUGUCCUUAGGAGACACAACCAAUUUGAGUGACUUGUCAGAAAGCAAGAAGAGACGAAACUCGGGCCGAGCCGUCAAUCACUUCGGGAAGGAAAUUGGAGAGCAGGUGUUUCCACAACAAGAAUGUGGGCAGGACAGACUGAGCAAACAGCUCAGGUAUUGCAACGAUAUCCUGAAGGAAAUGUGGUCGAAGAAACACGCAGCGUACGCCUGGCCUUUCUACAAGCCCGUCGACGCUGAAGCUCUGCAGCUACAUGAUUACCAUGACAUCAUCAAAUACCCCAUGGCUCUCAGCACUGUCAAAAAAAAGAUGGAUCGUGCAGAGUACCAGGAUGCACAAGGCUUUGCUUCAGACGUUAGGUUAAUUUUUUCCAACUGCUACAAAUACAACCCUCCACAUCACGAAGUCGUCGCUCAGGCCAAAAAACUUCAGGCUGUAUUUGAGAAGAUGUUUGCAAAGAUGCCAGAUGAGCCAGUGGACUUGAAUUUGCCAGAGGAUGCGGCGUUGGCCAAAAGUGCAGGUUUUGGUGAGAUGAAUGCCAGCAGCUCCUCCAGCUUUGACAAAUCGGACUUAGCAGAGGAGCGCGCCACGCGGCUUGCUGAGCUGCAAGUGCAGCUUAAAGCUGUCCAUGAGCAGCUCACUGCCCUCUCUGAAGUCCCCGUGAUUAAACCAAAGAAGAAAAAAGAGAAAGACAAGAAAGAGGACAGCAGGCAGAAUAAAGACGGUGCAAAUUCCAGUUCUAGGCAGCAAAGCAAAGACUGGGAUUCCGAUGAUGAAUGCCUACCGAUGACGUACGACGAGAAGCACCAGCUGAGCCUGGACAUUAACAGGUUACCCGGCAUGAAGCUGGGCCGCGUGGUGCACAUCAUUCAAACAUUAGAGCCCUCGGUGUGUGACACCAACCCAGAUGAGAUCGAGAUCGACUUUGAGAAACUGAAGCCGUCCACUCUGCGCAAGCUCGAGCAAUACGUGAAGUCUUGUCUCUAUAAGAAGUUUAAGAACUUUGGAAAGAAAAGCAGUCAUGCUGCGUCUCAUCACGCUGACUGCAGCAGUUCUUCAGGUUCUGUCACCAGCUGCUCCAGUGAAUCCAGUUCUGAAAACAGUGACUUGUGACAACUGUAUUCUUUUUGUUUGUUUGUUUUAUUUUAUUUUAUUUAUUUGUUUUAUUUUGUGACCAAAAGAGAGUUUUCAAAACAAUUAAACAUGUUUUUUUUUUAAUUUUGAUUUGUUAUGUUUCCUGUGGGGAAAAUUGAAAUUCCCACACAUUGCCUUUGUAUUCACUGUGGCUUUUCUCACUCUCACUGUUUCUUUAUUAAUAUCUGCAAUAUCUGUCACUGGUGUUUCUUAUCUGACACUCUGGAUUGCAUGCUACUGGAGCGAGGGCACAAUAUCCUGUGUCUGUCAUUCAGUUUGUCAAUAUUAUUUAAUCGCAACGUAGGCCUUUUUUCAAAUACUUCAUAGAAAUGCAAUAGUAGAGAAAAGAAGAAGCGUACUCAGAAUUGGUUUCAGGUGAGCACAGCUCCACAUCCAUUGCACUUCAAUUCUUACCUGUGCGUAAAUUAUAUGUGUUAAUUUGUGGGAAAAAAAAUACAGUUUUUCUACUCCCUAAAUUUUGAAAAGUUGGAAUGUGAGAUUUAUGAAAUUACCCAAAUAGUAUCAUAUGUCUGAAAGACUGAUAAAAACGUUAUGGCCAAAGGUUCUAUCUGCAGAGAUGAACUCACACACACACACACACACACACACACAGAGUAGUCCUGGUUGGACCAGGUCUGAAAAUCUGCCUUAGUGAUAUGACGAACUGUGUCCAGACAGUGGAAAGUGGUCCAGCUUUUGAGAUCUCAGUCAUAAAGCAUAAAUCAGGUUACCGAACAUCAACAUCAUCACCAGAAUGGUGUUUGGAAUUCUUACUGUGAAGUAAUUUGUAUUUCUUUCAUUAUUGUAUUUAAGAUAAUUAUGUAACCUAUAUUAUUAAAGUGUAUUUUUGCAUCACAAAACACUAGUGGAUUGUUUGUGAUUGUUUCAUUUCAGUUGUCUUUAACUUUUGUUUAACAGUAUAUGAUUUUGUUUGCUUGUGUUUUUUUUUUUGCCUUUACUUAAAUGAUGAUCAAUAUCAAACUUCAGAAACGCUUUCCACACUCACCAUUUAUGAGUACGUAAACAUUAGUAUAUAGUGCUAAAUAUAGUAUAUAGACAUUUUACAAAUGGUUUGACACACUGUGCUGUCUGCUGUGGGCUGGUCAUGUUGGUUGUAUUUCCUGUUACUUAUCACAGUCACUGUGGUUUAGGACAAAUGUAUGUAUGGUGAAGGUUUUCCGGGCUGCCUUACUCUCACAGUUGGUGUUUUGCUUAAAAGAUUUGUUUUACUGCAACAUAAGUUAUUAAGGGGACACAUUCUAAAGUGUAUUUUCCUUUCAAAUGUGUCUUAUGGAUGCAACAUUCACACAGACAGGGGCUUCCAUUAAGAAGUUUGCUGAUCAGUUGUCGUACUUUGCAGGCUAUCACGCUACCUCCCAUGGACAUGAUAUGCUGCAAAUGUGUAUGAUUGGUUAUUUCAGUGAUGGAAGUUGAAUGACUUUCUUUUGUGUAUGGACUGUUCAACAAUUAAGGCUCAAAAUAGUUCAAGCUUUUAUUUUUAAAUUUAAAAUGUUUUGUUGUACUUACCUCUGCGACCACUGUUUCCUGUGAUUACAGCAUACAAACUGUUUAAUAAUCCUCCUGAAUAAACUUUGCAAUGGGCCUCUCUGGUGUUUUACAUGUUGGAGUCCAUUAAUUUUAAAUUACUUACACUGAAUAUUUCCAGCAUGAUGUCGUGUCUUAAUUCUCUUUUCCUUCUAUCCAGGCUUCACAGCGUUGUGGAAUGAACAUCAGCUUGCAGAGACUCAAGCCCAGCUUGCUGUCCUUGUGCUGUGCAUGUUGAUGGGGAGACGUGAUCUUUGUGACUCGCAUUCCCAUCAUGCCACAUUGAACAUGCCACUCGGGGCUGACCAUCAACCUCGGGGGCAUGACUGAUCAAUGGCUCAACUUCAACGACAACUAGUCAUUUCUGCCACUUCUGGCCAUCACUCACGCUGACUGAAUCCAACGUUAAAAAGGCCACAUAGACCCAACUCUCCAGAUGCAUCAUGGAGGACUGUGUUUGAUUCAUGGAUCUCUGGUUUUCAUUUUCUCCUCACCACCUUGUAGAAGUACACAAUGUCAGUUUGAAUCCAGGUAUGUCGAAUGAACUGCAGAUAUAUGCACUUCUGUUCAGUGAACGAUUUAUGCUAAUGUAACAUAUCAAGAAUCUUAAUUGCAAAUUAGCUGACACUGUACUAUUCAGAAAGUGAGAGCCUCUUUUUUUGAUGUGCUCAAUUUGGAACAAAAGAUAUGACACUUAUUCAUCUAUUUUAAAACCAUUCAACAAGAGA